UAGCGUUUUGGGACAAACCCAUAAACCAAUAUCUGCACUCGCGUCUUUGCGUGCCCCUCAACCAGAUCGCACGACAAAAACCAAACGAGCCUGGAGGUUCACGAAGUGCAGAACAUUGCAUUGCAGGACGGAGGUGGACGAGGGUGGACGGAGGCGGGAUGACGUAUUCACGGAGGCUCGGCGAUAAAUGUAUGCCACCGAAUAUCCACGGGAUUUUGAUUGAACUGCAUCCGGGAGCGUUCCAAUAGAAAUUGAUCAUCAUCCAUCAUCCACGCACACGGUUGACCCUAGCACAUAGAAAUUCACUAAUAUCAAAUGGAGAAGUGAACGAUUCUUUGCUUUGAACCGCCAUUUAGUGACUGGUCGCUCACACUCUGACGAGUACCAUAACACUCAGAGCUGGCAUAACAGGUCAAAUUGGCUUAGAGCCUCUGUAUGCCUGUUCCAGCGAGCAGGCUCAUUACAGAUUUAGAAUCCAGUACAGGGGCCGCGUUCUUCUUUUUAGUCUGGGAAAUUCUAAUCACUUUGGAUGAUGAAGUCGAUCUUAUCUGGAGCAAACCAAGGCAUUCUUGGAUCAAAUGGGCUUUUCUACUAGCUCGUUAUGGCGCAUUGAGCUUGUUAUUCGCUGGACGAGUGCUAGAACUCAUCGUAACAUACAGCACAAUGCACCUGCAUAUCAAUAGCCUCAGAAUAUGGUUUGCGUUGCAGGGAUUGUUGGCUUUUUCGAUCAUGGCUGGAGCAGAAAUUGUUAUGAUAGCCAGAGUAUAUGCCCUUUACAAUAAAAAUAAAUGGGUCAAAUACGGAUUCAUCGCUUUGAUGUUGGCGGAGGUUUUCGCUGCCUUUCUGGGAAUUGGCCUCACCUUUCCGUCACCUUCCUUCAAUCCUUCGUUGAUCAUAACGACCACACCAGGAUCUUUUGAAUAUUUUAGCAUCUCUACUCUGGUUUCACAGACAGUACUGGUCGUAUUGUCGGUGGCAAGAUAUAGAUAUAUGUAUAAACGCGGGCAUUGGGAAGGAACGCGGAUAAUAAAACUGAUGCUUCGCGACGGCACGCUGGCAUUCUUUGUAUUUUUUUUACUUUCAUUGCUCAUGGCGCUUUACCAUAUUUUGCAAGAGCCGUUUGCUCCCUCUGAAUACGUAUGGUCUAUCAGCAUCAUAAGUGUUACUGAAUGUCGCCUCAUUCUCAAUUUACAGAAGUUUCCAAUUGCAGAACCUGACAUUUCGACGGAAUUGCCUGAAUUCACGACAGUAGUCACCAAUGAUCACAGUAGACCUGGGACCUCAUAUAUGAUGACGAUAUACCAAGAAACGCAGGAAAAUUACGAACUCCAUGAACCCCAUGAGCCGCAACCUGAAAUUGCCUGACGAUAGCUUCGUUCCUUGGGACAACAACCUCGGGAGAAACAACCUUAUGUGUAUCUAUAGCCCGGAUAAUGGUGGAGACCCCCGGCCAAGUGUAUGACAAGAUAUAGUAGAUUCGUAUUAAUUCCAUGUUUAAAUCUGAGUCUCAUACAGUAGCAUUAAGAGUG